AUGUGCAGUGUCGUGCUUGAGCUCAGAAACGUUGAUGAUAGUAGCAGUGAGGUUGACGGUGAAGUUUCAAGAAUGAACUGCUUGCAGUUUCGUGAUCACGACGAGUAUAGUGAUGAGGGGCACAUUCCGUUGCAAUCCACAUCGAAGUCUGCGCCUACCACACCGGCGCACGACACAUCUACGCGUGCUCCCGCGGCGGAAAAGCUACCUCCACAGCCGAAGACGUUGCCUGAUGACAACGACCAGGACUACAAGAAGCAGAGGAGUGGGCCUACUCCAACAAUCAAUCUCUACCCAACUCGCUACCCAAUCUACGGAAGAGGGCACUACGGGCCAAACCACGGUCCUUGUUCACCACCAGCCACAGUCCCCGGACGA